AUGGCUCCCAACAGCACUCCCCCUCCAUCUGGUGUCUACGUCCCGGCUGUCCUGUACUUUGACGAGAACGAGGACUUCGACGUUCCUGCGAUUCAGGCUCACGUGCUGAGGUUGGCCAAGGGAGGCGUCACAGGAAUCCUUGUCCAGGGUAGCAACGGCGAGGCACAACAUCUCUCCCACGAUGAGCGGAAGGAAGCGAUCCGAUUGACGAGGAAGACACUUGACGACAACGGUUUUCAGCAGGUGGUGAUCAUUGCUGGUACAGGCGCACAGUCAACUCGGGAAACGAAGAAGCUGUGUGCAGACGCCGCGGAGGCAGGUGCAACAUUUUGUCUCGUCCUCACGCCUUCCGUCUGGCCCAGUCAGAUGACACCAGAGGCGAUACUGAAGUUCCAUCGUGAUGUUGCGGAUGCAUCGCCCAUCCCAACGAUGGUUUACAAUUUUCCCGUCGUCACCGCGGGUCUAAACCUCGACUCAGAUAUCAUCGGAGAACUGGCGCAGCACCCCAACAUCGUUGGCACCAAGCUUUCUUGCGGGACCGUCGGGAAGCUGCACCGACUUACGUCUACUGUCCCGAUCACGAAGUUCGCCACCUUCCCUGGUGUCUCCGAUGUCUUCCUACAAGGCCUUGUCUCCGGUAGCGCAGGCCUGAUUGGUGCCCUUCCGAAUGUCGCACCUAAAGCACAUAUGGAGGUCUACCGGCUAUACAAAGCUGGUAAGAUAGAAGAGGCAGCCAAGAUACAGGCUCUUCUGGGUCACGCUGAUUGGGAGCUGGGAAAAUUGGGUAGCAUCGGCGGGAUCAAGACAGUAGUUGCGAAGCACUUUGGGUACGGUGGCACCGUUGUGCGCGCCCCACUCAGUGCACCCGUGGUGACGGCAGCCAGCACGACCAAGUUAGAUGAGUUGAUUGCGUACGAGAAGACAUUGUAA